CUCCAUAGAUCAUUGGAUGGCUUCAUAGACGUGCAAUCUGAUUGGCUAGCUGUCACUCCGCGUGAAAGACGAUGCGGAAGUCAAUCGCAACCUCUGCUGGCUGUCCUCAACCGCGUCAGGUCUCUGCGCUGACCAUCAUGUCACUGCAGGUCGCUCCAGUGAGGAGAUGCGAGCGUGUCUGGCUGUAGCGGCUGUCCGGAUGGGUUUGCUGUUGACCCGGACCAUGGCCUGGAUGUCCGGCGGGAAAACACAUCCAGAGCUCAUCACCAAGCUGAGAGACCAUGGAGUCAUCCGCAGCGACAGAGUGUUCCGGGCCAUGCUGGAGACAGACCGAGGACUCUAUUCAAGAGAUUAUCCUUACGCAGACUCUCCUCAAUCAAUAGGCUACAGAGCAACCAUCAGCGCUCCUCACAUGCACGCUCAUGCUCUGGAGCUGCUAAGUGACAAACUGGUGGAGGGAGGCUCAGCGCUGGAUGUGGGAUCCGGAAGUGGAUAUCUCACCGCCUGCUUCGCACGAAUGACCGGGCCCACUGGUCGGGUGGUUGGAGUUGAACACAUUGGUAAACUGGUUCAAAGAUCCAUUAGAAACGUUGAAGCAGAUGACCCCGAGUUGCUGUCCUCUGGACGCAUCAAGUUUGUCGUGGGAGACGGAAGACUUGGAUAUCCAGCGGGGGCUCCGUAUGACGCCAUUCAUGUUGGUGCGGCGGCGCCCACUGUUCCGAAAGCUCUGCUCAACCAGCUGAAACCAGGAGGGCGUUUGGUUCUUCCAGUGGGUCCUGAUGGUGGGAGUCAGGUGCUGGAACAGUAUGAUAGACAGAGUGACGGCUCUAUCGUGAAGAAGGCACUGAUGGGAGUGGUGUACGUCCCCCUGACUGACAAGAGGCAUCAGUGGCCCAGAGGUGAACUUUGACGGCAGCUCGGUCGACCCUGCGAGAGGUGGUGAUCAUGACGCUUCUCUUUGUGUUUCCAUACGUCUUCAUGUGGCUUCACAGAUCCUGUUACCUAGCAACGACCAAUACGAGGGUCUCUCUCUCUGAUGGCCAUAUUGUCUUCUGAAUGGGGACUGAACACAGGCCGAGGAACAAUUGAUGAUGUGUCAUAAAAUAAUAAAAAUGUACAGUUUACCUUGAGACAAAACAUGUACGACAAUAUUAAACUUUGCACUUCAUUUAAAGGUCACACAAUGAUCCCCGUAGCAAUAGUAAGAAAACAUUUUGAUCUCAAAUUAAUAUAUUAUUGUCUUUUCCUCUUUGUUUUUAUUAAU